CUCAAACUCAGCGCGGUGGUCCGACAGCUAUUAUUAGCUUCCGACUUUCAGUUCGGUCAGUGAAUCUUAGAGUCCUAAAACUCAAACUCAAACAGUCAAACCCAUUAUCAAUACGGUGUAACCCUUUUUGUUUCUCUCUCCAAUUUUGAUUGUUUCACAGAGAAGAUGGAGCUGCUGGGAUUGUUAAUGAUGGGUUUUGUGAUCUUGUGCCAAAUGAAAGGCUCCGUUGGGUUGAGGUUCGUGAUAGAUAGAGAAGAGUGCUUCUCUCAUGAGGCAAAGUAUGAGGGUGACACUGUUCAUGUCUCUUUUGUUGUGAUCAAAAUCGAUUCGACUUGGCAUUACACUCAAGAAGGAGUUGAUCUUGUGGUGAAGGGGCCUUCUGGUGAACAACUUCAUGACAUACGUGACAAGACGAGUGAGAAGUUUGAAUUUGUGGUUCAGAAGGCCGGUGUUCAUCACUUCUGCUUCACUAACAAGUCUCCUUACCAUGAAACCAUUGAUUUUGAUGUACAUUCUGCGCACUUCACAUACUAUGACGAGCAUGCUAAAGAUGAGCAUUUCAAACCCUUGUUUGAGCAGAUUCAAAAGUUGGAGGAAGCCAUUUACAAUAUCCAAUUUGAGCAACACUGGCUAGAGGCUGAGACCGACCGCCAGGCAAUAUUGAAUGAAGGAAUGAGUCGGAGAGCAACUCACAAGGCAAUGUUUGAAUCAGCUGCACUUAUUGGAACUAGCCUCCUCCAAGUUUUUCUUUUGAAACGUUUGUUUGAGCGCAAGCUUGGGUCAUCUAGAGUCUAGAUCAUUCAGUAGCCUUGCAUCAAGUAUUUAUCAAUUGUAACAUUACACAAUGGAAAGAUAUUUUACAUGGUGAAAUUUUUCAGAACAGAAACUGUACCAUUAUAGAGUCUGAUAGUUUCAAGAUGGUUGCGUUGCUUAUUCAGUGCCCUACAUAAUGGUUAUUUGCAGGAAACAUCAUUAGUUGGAGUUUGUAAACGUUAUUUUCAUCUUUUAAAUGUAUUUGUCUUUGGUACUUGAA